GUUAACGAGAGUGUCAGCGGGAGUAUCUCAGCUUACACAGUAACUGAAUUGACAGAGUUAACACGUUACAGUGUGUGGAUUGUUGCAGUCAAUAUUCGACGAACUGACAAAGCAACAUUAGCUAGCCCUCCAAGUCAAGUGAUAACAUUUGCUACAAAGGGUGGAGGUUAGUGUAAAGACCAUAACGCGUUUUUAUUUUGCUUUCAUUACUAUUUUGUGUAACAGUAAAUACUGCUCCUCAAAAAAUUAUAUCUACCCAAGUGACUAGUAAUUCAGCUCUAAUCACUUGGCAGCAACCAUUGUUUUCAAAACCAAGAUCAGUUAGUAGGUACUAUAUCAGAUAUUUUAAAUCAACAAGACUUGAUGCAACAGAUACCCGCAAUCUACAAGACAAAGAAGAUUCCAUCUUAGUAAUUUGGACAUUUAUACAAAAUAUACAAUAGACAUAGCAGCUUAUGUGAGUCCUCUGUUGUCUCCUUAUUAUGCAUCAUAUAAUUUUACAACUAAACAAGCUGGUGAGUGAAUUGACCAAUUUUAAUGUGCUGUCAUUAAUAUUAAUGUGUAUUUUAGCACCAAGUCCUCCAAAGAAGGUAAAAGCGAAUGACAUCAGAUCUAGAAGUGUAUCAAUAUCUUGGAUGCCGCCACUUCGUGUCAAUGGCGUGUUGAAGAAAUACAGAAUAUAUAUUCAGUCUGAUCACACUAGCAGACCCAAUAAUCUUAAUAAUGGCAAUAAAACAGUUUCACAGUCACAGACAGUUGUAACAAUUGGCCAAUUGAUUCCUUUUACUACCUACUAUGUUUGGGUUACUGCCAUCAAUGUGGAUGGGCGAGAAUUAGAAAGUGACUUUGAACGUCCCACUGUUUUCAAAACAAAUGCAGAAGUACCGGACACUCCUUCCAACUGCACUGCCACAAAAACCAAUUUAACUUCUCUUCUUGUGAAAUGGAAUCCUUAUUCUUCAAGAGACAACGCAGUUGUAUUCUAUCAAUUGAUAUUUCAGUCUCAGUUCGAGACGAAAAUUGUCAAGACCAUACUGACGAGACUUCAAGAGACGAAUCUUACACCUGAUACCAACUAUAACAUCACAAUUAGUGCAUUUACAAACAACACGAAACUAUUGAGUGGGCCACCAUGUCAAUUGUUAGCAAGAACCGACAAAAGCGAUAUUUAUGAGUCGAAGUCUACUGCAGCACCUCUUGUUGUUGCUGGAGUGUUACCCUGCUUGCUGGUGAUUGUUAUUGUUGUGGUUGCUGUUUAUGUCGUUCGGCAUCGCAAGAGAUGCUGCAACAGUCACAUGCUGAAGAACGACGCCAAUGACACAGAAACAAAUGCUUGUCGCUAUGAGCUGCCAUCAAUUGCACAAACCACACGUGCAAUCGAUGAUCUAGACAUGGCAGAAAGUAAUGCAUACAAUUAUGUCACCGUGGAGACAUGUGAGAUUGCGUCAUACGCUGACGUUGGCACAACAAUGAUGCAGAGCAAAGUUGGGUCACUAACAACAUCAGACGAUUCCAUUAUCUACGAAGAAGUAAACAGUUGAAUUUACAUCAAUGGUGCAAUAUUUGGUCAAACACGAAACAAACGCGUAUCACGUUUCUGUAUACAAUACAGGAAAGAAAAACGUAUGUGAUCAAAAUGUGGUAAACAUUUAAGAAGCCGCACUGUUGAACUAUGAAGCUUAGUUACAGUCGACGAUCUCAGAUCUAGUCACCGAUGAUGGCUGAG